AUGUCUGAAGGGGGGUCGCGGAAGCGUGCCUGGAGUGGGAACGCCUGCGUCCAUGGCAGGCCGCAGCCCGCAGUACGCACGGUGAAUGCUGGCUGCGGCGUGGGUUCACGUUCCUGCUGGGACCCACACGGCCCGGGCGGACAGCGUGUGGUGCGGGGCCGUGCUGAGCAGGUUAGCUCAGGCAUUUCGGUGGAGCACUGCGCUGUGCAGCCAACAGUAGGUAUUUGCAGUUUAAAUAUAAAUGUUCUGUGUAUUUUCCAGAUGACAGCACUAGAGAAAGCCACUGGUGACGUUGUGCUGAAGUUUGAACCAUUUGUUCUUCAUGUGCUGUGUCGAGAGCUGCAAGAUGCACAGCUUCUGCAUUCAGUGGCUAUCGACUCUGGGUUCAGGAACUCUGGUAUUACGGUUGGCAGAGGAGGAAAAAUUGUGAUGGCUGUCCGGAGCACUCAUUGCUUAGAAGUUCCACUGAGCCACAACGGGAAAUUGAUGGUCUCUGAAGAAUAUAUUGAAUUUCUGAUACACUUAGCUAAUCAGAAAAUGGAAGAAAACAGAAGGAGGAUUGACAGAUUCUACAAACGCUUAGAGUUAGCUUUGAAAACUGCUGUCAGCACAAACAACUUGCCUGCUGAAGAGAUGGAGAAGAAUUGCUCUGUGUACGUUCACAGAAGGAAGAGAAAGACGAUUCGAGAACAAGGUGUACGCACCUCUCCAAAGGAUCAUGAUGAAGAAUUGCAGCCUGAGGAUGAUCCAGAAAGCAAUCUUGAUAUUUUUGCUGAAAUGAUGAUAUAG